UAAAAUGAAUUAUACAAAUAUAUUAUAGAAGCAUAUUUAUUUUGCCUAGGGCUGGCCCUAAUCUCUAAAUACAGAACACGAAAGGCUCUGAUAAGAGUUCUGAUUCUAUAUUACUAUUCUGUGGAUUGAACAUAAUCACAUAUAUUGUUUAGUUGAUAGUUGGUCCAAUUGGCUGCACUGUACCCUGUACCGGUCAUGCAUGUGUAUGACUCCGUUUUCUGUUGCAUACUGUGCUCGUGAAGUUUUGUUUUCAUUCGUAGUUCCUCAGGUGUGCUCAGGUGUAACGCAAGGGAGAACGUUGACAUGUCGUUGCAAGUUCACGACGUUCAGCAAAAUGUGGUGGAACCUAUGCAAGUCGAUGCUCCUACAGAGGACAAUGACAAUGCAGAGGAAGAACCAUAUAUCGUGGAAAACCCAACACUGGACUUGGAAGUCUAUGCCAACAGCUAUACAGGUCUUGCCAAACUAUACAGGCUAAUAUACAUAGCCGAUCACUGUCCAAUGUUAAGGAUAGAAGCUUUAAAGAUGGCUAUUUCUUAUGUUAUGACAACAUAUAAUGUUUCCCUUUAUGUGAUAUUACAUAAAAAGUUAGCACAAGCUGUAGGCAAUCCUGGAUUACCAGAUGUCGCGGCAGAGUCAACAUCUCAAGACACCUUAACCGUGGACUAUGUUUGGAUCGAGUCUCGUUCCAAAAAGGCUGCUUUGAAAUUAGAAAAAUUUGAUACAGAUCUAAAAAACUACAGAAGUAAUUCAAUUAAAGAAAGUAUCAGGAGAGGUCACGAUGAUUUAGGAGACCAUUAUCUCGAUUGUGGAGAUCUUGUACAUGCCUUAAAAUGUUACUCCAGAGCACGUGAUUAUUGCACUAGCGGCAAGCAUGUUGUUAAUAUGUGUUUAAAUGUUAUCAAAGUCUCUGUUUAUUUGCAAAAUUGGACCCACGUUUUGAGUUACGUUACAAAGGCUGAAAGUACACCAGACUUCUCUGAUGUUCAUGGUAAAGAUAACAAUCAGUCCAUAGUUACAAAGUUAAAAGUCGCGGCUGGUUUGGCAGAAUUAGCAACAAGAAAAUAUAAAAUGGCUGCGAGACACUUUCUCCAGGCGUCGUUGGAUCAUUGUGAUUGUCCAGAGUUAUUGUCACCUGGAAACGUAGCUUUGUAUGGAGGCCUUUGUGCUCUAGCUACGUUUGAUAGACACGAAUUGCAAAAGCAAGUAAUUUUUAGCAGUUCCUUCAAAUUGUUCCUUGAACUGGAACCACAAUUAAGGGAUAUCAUUUUUAAAUUUUACGAAUCGAAAUAUGCGUCGUGUUUGAAACUACUGGACGAGAUAAAGGAUAAUAUAUUACUGGAUAUGUACAUAGCGCCCCACGUUAACGUGUUGUACACACAAAUUCGAAAUAGAGCGUUAAUACAAUACUUCAGCCCAUAUUUGAGCGCAGACAUGAGACGCAUGGCGACUGCUUUUAAUAGAACAGUGUCAGAGUUAGAAGACGAGCUCAUGCAAUUAAUUCUUGAUGGUCAAAUCCAAGCUCGUAUAGACUCUCACAAUAAGAUUCUGUAUGCAAAGGAUGUUGAUCAACGCAGUACAACAUUUGAAAAGUCCAUGAGCGUCGGCAAAGAUUACCAGAGACGUACUCGGAUGUUAAUUCUAAGAGCUGCUAUGUUAAAGCAACAAAUACAUGUUAAGAGCCCACAACGCGAUAGUACUCAAGGAGGUGAAAUGUCAGUCACGUGGAAGCAAUAGUUCAAUGGUGGUAAGAAAUUGAACUGUGACUUAUGCUAACCUUUUGGUUGAUAAAUGUGUUAUAACGAACUGCCAUGGUCAGUAAGAUACGAGAAAAUACUUGGAUACCACAUUGGACAUGUUAUCAAUUGUAUUUAAAAUGCUGAUAUCGAAAAUUGAUUUUCAAUAAAUAUUGCGUAACAUGAAUGUAUAUAUCGUAAAAUAUUAUAAGCAAAGAAUUAGGAUUUUCAAAACAAUGCUAAUAACAUAUGAACAAAUCUUUGAUAACAUAUGAUGUACGCUAGAAACUUUGUCAAUAAAUAUAUAAAUUCUGUUUUU